AUGGCCAAGGAAACAAAAGCAAGGACAUUACAUGUCCAGCCUGAGAAAAGCCAAGACCACCCAAAUCACGGAGAGGAUGACAACAAACAUGUAUCAUUCCAUCCGCGCCAUAUCACCCUUGCGACAUUCCACAAGCUACUAUCACACUAUCCCUCGACCGUAGAACGAGUGCACCGUGCUAAGUUGAUGCUGAAGCUGCAGUCCAAGGCGGGGAAGGGAUCAAAGCGCAAGGCGGAGACGAAGACCACGAAGGCAGAGCUCGAUCCGUCCGAGGAGAAGCAUACCCUCGAAGAGACAAAUAAGUUCCUCCAGCUUGACCGGUGGCGGUAUGAAGUCCUGCCGAAGAUUAUCGCGGACCGGGCAAAUGAGGGUGGUCAGAAAGGAAAUGCGCCGGAGGGAGCACACUUGCUCAAGGAGGAGUUGGUUGAUAUUAUGGAAUGGAAGACGAAACAUGGAGUCUCUCGUCCCAUGCUCAUGGGAAUGGUGAAAAGCAACCAAGUCGCGACGAUCACCAAGUCUACAUCUACGGCUUUCGCCACCCUCCCAGAUGCAGAUCCUGUGGUUGCGCCGAACGAUGCAUUCCCUAAAGCCAGUCUAGACGCCCUUACUGCGCCUAUCCGUGGCGUCGGCCCGGCUACUGCAUCCUUGAUUUUGUCCAUCGCCACGGUCUUCGGUGAUGCUAAGAAACAAGUCCCCUUUUACAGCGACGAUGUGUAUCUUUGGCUAUGUCUGAUGGAUUUUCCAGAGGGGCAGGACUCCACGGAGCAGAAGCCUUCUAAACAUAAGAAACCUAAUGGGGAGUUGAUUGCCAAGUACAAUAUGAAUGAGUACAGAGACCUGUGGGAUGCCUCACAGGAGCUGCGGGCACGGCUGAACAAUGACGUUGGAAAGAAGUCUGGGGAUGGACCUGUCUCGUUCAUCCAUAUUGAGAGGGCUGCUUAUGUGCUCCGCAAUCUCACUGUCUCGGAUUACUAUGCUGGUCAAGAACCCGAGCCUGGUUUAGAUACUGUGAAAGAUAUGGCAUCGGUGAAUAACCAGCUUCCAGAGGAUUCAAGGAAGAAUCCUGGCGAGCUUGGCACGAGGCGCAGCAAAAGGAUAAAGCAAGAAUCCAUGUGA